AUGGCUGACCCGGUUACAAUCUCCGCUUUCGUCGCGAGCUGGUUCACGCCUUCUUCUCUCUUCCUCUUUCUCAACCUCGUCAUCGGCACAAUUGUCAUCUCUUCCCGUUUUGGUACCCCCACAAAGCCUUCCGACCACCACCACGAUGGCCACCCAGCUCUCGUCCGUUCAUCGUCCCUGCUUGAACGCUUUAGGUCCCUCCAUUUCUACAAACACGACGCUGCGUUUCCCGAAACCGAAUAUCUUCAGCCCGUUCAUGACUCUCCUCAGCUCGUCAGAACGCCGUCACUGAUCGAGCGAGUCUGGUCGUUCAAAUUUGGGGUUUCUAACAGCUUCGAACCGACAGGUGCAGAUGCAGUGUCUGUUCAACCCGAUGACCCGCAGGAACAGCCAACUGAACCGCAACUGGCGAGAACUCCUUCGCUCCUGGAGCGCCUCAAGUCUAUGAAAUUCUCGUCUCUCUACAGAUCGGACUCAAUAAAAGCGACGGGAGAAGGACUUGAACGAGAAGCUGACGUUCCGGAGUCUAAAGAGGAUCAUGAUGCGGAUAACUUGGUGAGGAGGAGCAAAUCGGAGUCGAGUAACGGGACGUCGGGGAAGUUACCGGAGAAGAUGAAGAAAUCGGCGAGUGACAAAGCAGCGUCGAGAACGCAGGAGGAGGAGGAGGGGGAUCGCCGGACACCAGAAUCAGAGACGGCAAGGUACAGAGCAGGCAUUGAAACGGCGUCGUUUGUGGACGACGAAACGGUGGACGCGAAAGCCGACGAUUUCAUCAACAGAUUCAAACAGCAACUGAGGUUACAGAGGCUGAACUCGGUCCUGCGUUACAGAGAGAUGAUCAGAGCAAGCUGA